CAGCGAUGGCUUCCCUGGGACAGAUCAUCUUCUGGAGCAUUAUUAGUAUCAUCAUUAUUCUGGCUGGAGCAAUUGCACUCAUCAUUGGCUUUGGUAUUUCAGGGAGACACUCCAUCACAGUCACAACUCUAACCUCGGCUGGGAACAUCGGAGAGGAUGGAAUCCUGAGCUGCACCUUUGAACCUGACAUCAGACUUUCUGAUAUUGUGAUACAGUGGCUGAAGGAAGGUGUUACAGGCGUGGUCCAUGAGUUCAAAGAUGGUAAAGAUGAUCUUUCAGAACAGGAUGAAGUAUUCCGAGGCCGAACAGCAGUUUUCACAGAUCAAGUGAUAGUUGGCAAUGCCUCUUUGAGGUUGAGAAAUGUGCAACUGGCAGAUGCUGGCACCUAUAAGUGUUACAUCAUCACUUCUAAAGGAAAGGGGAAUGCUAACCUUGAGUAUAAAACUGGAGCUUUCAGCAUACCAGAGGUAAAUGUGGACUAUAAUGCCAGUUCAGAGAGCUUGCGAUGUGAGGCUCCUCGAUGGUUCCCCCAGCCCACUGUGGUCUGGGCAUCCCAAGUGGACCAGGGAGCCAACUUCUCGAAAGUUUCCAAUACUAGCUUUGAGCUGAACUCAGAGAAUGUGACCAUGAAGGUAGUUUCUGUGCUCUACAAUGUCACCAUCAACAACACCUACUCCUGUAUGAUUGAAAAUGACAUUGCCAAAGCUACAGGGGAUAUCAAAGUUACAGACUCUGAGAUCAAAAGGCGGAGUCACCUGCAGCUGCUGAACUCAAAGGCUUCCCUGUGUGUCUCCUCAUCCUUCGCCAUCAGCAUGAUACUCCUGCCCCUCUCCUGUUACCUGAUGCUGACAUAACAUGUCCCAGCCAUACAAAAGUACGCAAAGUCCCUGGUGCCACAGGAAUCUACGGAGCUAUUUUACCAGAAGAGAUGACCUACUUUUAUAUUUCUUGGGGGGGGGGAGAGGAAUGCAUUCAUAUCUAGAAGCCUGGAGUGAACAAACAA